CUUGACAAUACAUUGACAAGAGACGCGAAAGCUGCUUGCAACUGCCUUUACCUGGAACUCGCUUCGCUGGAGCCAGUUGAUUGUUGUAAUAGCUCUAGGACAGUAAUUAACCUUUGGGGCAAUCAUCGCUGCAAUCAAUACGUUGCUUCCGCGAAACAUGGCAUAGUUGACUCGGCUCUCCCUCAGCGCAUUCACGAAUGGAGCGCUUUGGGCUGGAAGAGGAUAUUGCAGAGCAACUGCCGGGGCCGGCGCGAGGAGGAUUUGCGCCGCAGGGCUCACACUUUGCUGGUGAGGCGAGCCUUGGUGGUGGCAUCCCGCCGGCACGGGGCCCUCGCCCCGCCGGCGGGUUGCUGGUUGAUAGGGCCCUCACGGCACAGCUGCCUCCACCUGGCCGCGGAGGCGUGGGCGGUGGUGGUGGCGGCAUUGGCGGGUUUGGGCUAGCAGCAGAGACGGACAACUACACGACCGCAGAGGACGCGGACCCAGUCUUUGACACUCAGCCACGCGCCCGGCGCCCGGGCGUGCCGGCAACGGGCAGCAAGUCGCGCUUGGGGCCAGGCCCGCUUCCUCCGCCUGGCCGGGAGCUUGAUGCAGGGCCUGUCGGCGAUAACUUCCGGCGGCAGCAGCCGCCGCCGGCCAUGUGGCCCUCAGAUGACCUCGGGCCCGGCCCAGGGCCGCCAGAGGAUGCCGCUGACCGCUAUGCACGGGAGCGCGCGGAGAGGUUGCUCAGCCGCCAGACUGCAGCCCGUGUUGCGCCGCAGCAGGUUGACCGGCAAAUUAACAUCAUGAGCGCCCAGCCACCCAAACAGAUGGACAUGGACCGCGCGGCGCUGACCAUCCAGCGCCAUUACCGCGGCUACCGGACGCGCAAGAACCUGCCGCCCGAGGCGCAGGUGUUCCAGCGGGCACGGGGGACGCAGCAAUACCUGGGCAUGGGCGGAGCUGCGCCGGCGGCGCACGCAACGGGCUUCCAGGGUCCUACACCCGAUCAGAAUAUGAUGAAUCGCGUACGCUUCCAGGAGGGGACUUACCUGGAGCCGCGCCGGGGGCUGCCUGCGGUGACGGUAAUCGACAUCGACAAGAUGCCCAAGUACGGUAUCCUAGCGGCACCGCUGCCGCGUGCAGAGCGCCGCGCCGGCACCUUCAUCGAGUACGAUCGGGAGCAGCAGACAUUCGUGAAGAACCGUGACCUGCUGCGUGAGGCGCUGGAGCACAAGCGCGGCUACCUCGAGAACCGACCCGCGCUGCAGUGGUCCGAGUUUACGGAGCGCCAGAAGCACCGCUAUGUGCCAAUCGUGCCCGACGCCAACCGCCGCGCGCUGCCAGAGACCAAGGGCUACCGCCUGCGCAUCCUGCGCGUCAGCGACCUACCCAUCAACACCACCUUCGACGGCCGUACGUUUGAGUUCCAGCUCAGCGUGUCGCUGUACGACGAGGGCUACGGCACCUUCUACGGCAACACCUGCUACAGCUUGUCUGACACUUACGACCGCGGCCGCGCACAGCAACGCAACGCCAUCGACCUGGACAUGAGCUUUGACGUGUACUACCACACAACGGUCUCGGACCCGCGCUGCAUGGCCGUGGUGGAGGUGAUCAUGCUCGAGCGCAUGCUGGACGGCGUGGUGAAGGGGCAGUACUCGCUGGGCUGGGCACUGCUGCCGCUGUUCAGGGUGUCGCAGCACCCCGCACCGCCGGGCGCGCCGGUGACGGGCAGCAUCCAGCUGGACAGCAACGUUGGGCGGCCGCUGUCGGCGCCACUGAUGGCGGGCACGCCGCGCUACCUGCUUUUCCGCAACGUGUACAACGAGGAGCUGCGGCCGCCCAAGGUGGUGCCCAACGCCUCUAUCCUGUUCCAGGCCGAGGUGUACCCCGCCAUGGAGCCCUACAUCCCGCUGCUGCCCGAGAACUUCCUGGUCACCUACAGCGACGUGGUGCCCGGCUUGCGCCGCUUCUCCGCCGCCGGCUUGCUGUCCACCACCACCAAGACGGUCAUCUCCACGCUGGCCUCGCCAAUGCUCAGCCCCACCUACAGCAUCAUGCUGCGGCGGCUGCAGCUGGCGCUGCCCUCGCGCAUCCACGACCUGCUCAUGGGGCUGGACGCGCGCCACGGCAUGGUGACCGGCUACGUGCCGCCACCCGACAGCGCCGCGGCCAUGGCACCUAUCUACCAGGCGCCGUCCACUGGCACACUGACGUACGCGAUUCGAGUGUCGGUACACAACGGCCGCACAUUCGUCGGGCCCGCCUACGAGCUGACUGACCUUACGCACCUUGACGUGCCGGGGUGGAAGGUGCUGCAGGUGCCCACGCCGCACCCCGUGUUCGACUACGUGAUGGCGGACGCGCUGGUGACCAUUGUGGUGGAGCUCAUGGCCACGCCGCCACAGGCUCCCCCGCCGCCUGGCAUGGCGCCGCUGCAGUUCCUGGUGGGCUACGCGGCCUUUGUGCCGUUCUGUGAAAUCCGCGAGGAUGGCGCCGCCGCGCACGUGGCGGUGGGGGUGCACCGCUACCCGCUGGCGCCGCCUGACCCGGCGCGCCCGGUGCUGCUGCGCGACCAGCCGCCGCUCAACUGGCGCGCCAUGCUGGGUGACAUGAUGACCAUGGAGGUGCCGGACCCGCUGGUGGAGUUCCAGCUGUUUGAGACGGCGCGCACGCCCAUCCUGCCGCCGCUCAAGAAGGUGUUCGCGGUGAUCGAGGCGCAGCGCGAGGAGGAGGCGCUUAUGGGCGACCUGCCGCUGGAGGUGCUGCUGCAACAGGUGCCAGUGCCCGAGGAGAUCUUCCCGCCGCCGGAGAUCAACGAGGUGGACCCGUCCGCGCGCGAGCCGCCGCCCCAGGUGCUGGACUUCGACGGGCCGCCGCUGGAGCGUGUGCCGUCCAUGGACAUGCUGCCGCGCAACUUCAGCCGCCACAGCAUGGGUGCGGGCGCGGGCUUCCCGCCAGAGCUGCAGGAGCUGACCAUUGCCAUGCAGCGGCAGCUAGAGCUGCUCACCAGGGCCGUGGACGAGCUGAAGGACGAGCGCAAGUCCAUGCGCAAUUCGUUCAUUGCUCUGGCAGACCGGCCGCCGCCGGACGACUACGGCGCCAACGCGGCGGCGCAGGUGCAGCGGUACUACGAUGCGCAGCGGGCCAAGCGGGCCAGCAUGCAGCCCACGCCCGAGGAGUUGCAGCGCUUCCUGGACAUGGAGCCCACCCGCAACUUCGGCGACACCUCUGCCUUCAGCGGGGCGCAGGCGCCUGACGGCAAGCUGCCCGGCACCGCGCCGUCGCGCGUGCUGCUGCAGCAGCUGCACGACGCGGGCAUGAUCGACGCUCUGCCGGCGGAUGUGCAGGCCAUCCUGCGGCGCAAGGGCCCGCCGCGCGGCCCCUCGCCCGUGCCCAUCGACCUGGCCAUCGAGGCGCGCGACCCGCGUGUGGCCAGCGACGUGGUGCUGCAGUUCCUGGCGUUCCGGCACCACGACCACCUCAACGCGCCCGCCAACCUCAAGAGCCUGUACCUGACCUUCCAGUUUUACCACUUCCCGCCCACCACCAGCGACAUGGCCUACCUGGUUCCGGUGCGCCUGGAGGACGACGCCGUGGACAGCACCUGCGUGCUGGUGCCGGCCGACCCGGCGCGCAAGGGCGCGGGCCUGGUGCUUAAGUACGUGGUGGACGGCGCGGCGGAGGCGGUGCCCAGCGGCCAGACGCCGCAGGACGCCGGCUUCGAGGCAGCGCGCGGCUUCGCACAGUACCUGGCCGUGAAGACGCUGCACCUGGAUGUGUGGGACGGCGACUCGCUGCUACAGGUCGGCACUGCGUCAGUCGACUUGCAGCCGCUGCUGCGGCAGGGCCGCGACUUCGCUGAGCUGCUGGUGGAGGUGCCCAUCCUGGACCAGGCGGCGGUGGCGCCCUCGCUGCAGGGCCAGACUUUCAUGGAGGCGGCGUACAACCAGAACACAGCUCAAAACGAGCCCAAGGCAUCAAUCAUCUCCAAGGGCUCACUAGUGCUGCGUGCGCUCAACCUGGGCCGCGAGAGCCGCAACACGGACGCACGGCUGCCCGAGUUCGACGACGCUCACAACAAGCCGUCGAAGAAGCGCGUGCGUGCCAAACCCGCUUGGGAGAUUCCCGCCUCGCCCAUCGCCAAGGAGCUGGCGGGAACGGCAGCCGCCGUGCCGCUGCCACCGGGGCUGCAAAACGAGUACCUGCCCGACCCGUUGGGCGGCCGGACCAGUGUCGCCUUCGGCGGUGGCGGCCUCAUGCCGCCCGGCGAGGACCUCAAGCUGCGCAUCUUGGAGCAGAGCUCGCGCAAGAGCGCACGCGUACAGCAGUACCGCCGCCUUGCGUCGGCCGUUGAGGACGCCGUCCCAGGGGCACAGGACUUGCGUGAGUCGUCGGCAUUCACGCAGCGGGAGGAUCACUUCCGGCGCGUGCAGAAGCAGCUGCUGGUGGACGUGGCAUCAGCGCGCAGCCGCCGCAAGCACGAGUUCAUCCUGGAGCAGCUGCGCAAGAGCAUGGUGACGCGACGCAUCGUCAAGCCCGCAUUCGGCGAGGUCCUGGUGUACGAGUUCGAGUUCCAGAACCCCUACAGCCACGAGCAGACGUUUGAGCUGCGCAUUAACAAGCCGGCCGAGGUGACGGUGCUGUCGCGACUGGAGGACUACCGCGCUCUGCGGGCCGCCAACGCGCGCUUCCUGGGCGUGGUGUCGCAGCCGGUGGGGCCGCUGGAGCAGGAGAUCAUGAGCGGCAACCGCAUCUACCUGCAGGCGCACGAGCGGAUCACGCUGCCCUUCAGGCUGCAGUCCUUCGAGCCCCCGGAGGCCUACAAGUACUCGGUGCAGACACCGGAGGCUCAGGCCAACCACUCCAUGACGGCACGCGCACGCGCGGCCGACAUGGCCACACGCAGUCCGGGUGCACCGCAUCACAGGGCGGCGGGCGGCAACAAUGCCGGGGCUAACGUGGGCAACGACGGGCUGCCCUCGGGGCACGUGGUGGCGGUGGAGCUCAUCAGCACCAAGGACGACGUGCCGGUGUCGGUGCUGGAGCUGGAGAUUGUGCCGCGGCCCAUCAUCAUCGACCGCACCUUCCGGUACUACCAGCCGGAGCGGCAGCUGCUGCGCACCAACAUCAAAUUGCGCAACCUCCCGGGCGCCGCCGCCUCCUACCUGGCCAACGCACCGGGGGCGCUGCGCAACGUGACGGCGGCGUGCAGCAAUCCUGACGUCAUCCUGGGCGUUGGGAGCGGCGCGCUGGCGCUGGGGCCAGACCGCGACGAGGUGUACGUCAAGUACAAGAUCGGCGCCGCGCCUGAGGUGGCGCACUUCUACGUGCUGCUGUACAUGGACCGCCUCAUGGCGCGGCCGGUGGAGGUGUGGCAGGUGUUCGUGCACGCGCUGCGCAAGGUGGACAUGCGGGCCAUGAUCGGGCAGACCAGCCAGGCCAGCGUGGUGGUGCGCGGCGCGGUGUCGCGGCGCGUGGCGUCCUUCACGUCUCACCCCGACGAGCUGCUGGUGUCGCCCGACUCGUUCGUGCUGGUGGGCGGCGCGCUGACGGAACUGCUGCUGAGCUUCCGGCCGGUGGCUGUGGGUGUCAAGGACAUCAAGGUCAACAUCGUGGACAGUGAGACGCACGAGCUGGUAUACGCGCUGCUGGUGUCGGCGGAGGCGCAGGGGCCGCUCAUCACACGGACGUUUGAGGUGGAGCUGCCCGUGGGCACUGUGGCCAACAAGAAGAUCACCUACACCAACCCCUACCAGCACUUCCGCACCUUCACGCUGCGCUCGAACCAGCCCUGGCUCGUGCACUUCACGCCGCCGCGGCUGCAGAUGCCCGCGGGCGCCACACGGCCCGUGGGCCUCACGUUCGACGCGCGCGCCGCCACGCCGGGCAUCGUGGACGCGCUCAUGUUCGUGAAUGAUGACGAGGACAAGACGGAGGAGUGCCUCAAGAUCCGUGUGCGCAUUUAUAAGUAGAUGGGGUGCUGGUGGAUGCGGCUUUACGGUGACGGCGCACUGCAUGGCGAGGUGAUAGCGGAGACAGCGGUGCAGCUUAGUACAGUUGCACGGUAUGCAUGACCAGUGGGUGAUGCUGCUGUCAUUCCGUGCAUGUGGAGACUGUUGCUAGCUGGGACGCGCACAACCCUGUGUGCUGCAUUAACUACUGGCAGGCCUGGAUGCGGCACCCUUUCUCUGCGCCGAAUGAUAAGGAGCACUGCCAUAAUGAGUUACAAUUGCGCGGUGGUGUACGUUGCGUCAAGGCUCCCAAUUCUACAAGGCAUGAUUCUGCAGAUGCCCGACAUACUUGGCAAGCCAUCGCUUUGCUUGUAAACGACCGUAUUC